ACACUAAACAGUAGCUGAUACUAGUUAGUCACUAUAGUUAUUAGUUACUAUGGUUUCCAGUAUUAUGCAGGUUUAUAAACAAACCAAAAUUAUAAGAUAUUGUAUAGAUUUGUAUGUAGGUACAAUCAAACACAGUAUUAUUGUAAUUAAUAUUCAUGAUAAGUAUUUACAACUGUAAAGUGCUAUUCAAUUUGAUGUAAAAUGGCUAUUCCUUUAUUUUCAUUACAGUUACGACAUAGUAUAAUACCACAUUUGGUUACAAUAGGUAAAUAUGAUGGAUCACAUCAUUGUUUGACUGCCGCAACAUCUGAAAAUAAGGCAAGGAUUUUAAUACAUAGUCCACACAGGCCAGAAAAGGAUAUAUCUUAUUUGAAUAUCAAUCAAAAAAUUACAGCUUUAGUAGCAGGAAAAGCAAUUCCAAACGAUGAAAAAGAUAUACUUGUAGUAGGAACAGUCGGUAGUGUAUUGGCCUAUAAUGUAGACCUCAACAGUGAUUUAUUCUUUAAAGAGGUAAGCUUAAGUUAAAGAAAUUGUACAUAUUUGAAUAGAAUUAAAAAUGUUGGUGGUAUGAGAUAUUACGACAAAACAAUUCAUUACUACAAACUGGCAUGAACUGCAAAAAUACAUA